GGGUAUUGGCUGACCGCGACACAUUCAUCCCGUUUUUCAGAUUUUUUACAUAUUUAAUCAAGUCAGGGAAGGCGCACGAUGAGCAAGGUGAAAGGAGAUCUCGAAAAGUCUGACAAGCGUCCACCAUCGUCCAUGUCAACUGGUUCAGCUGACAGUGGUGUAUUCUCAUCGGGAGUUCAUGCUUCAUCACCUAGUCAUAGUCAAGGAUCAUCAUCGCAGAGUGGGCCACCGAGUCCUACUACUCAGUUGAACUCGUUGCUUUUUGAAACUGCUAACCUGAUUGCGGUGAAUGAGCAAUUGAGAAAGGAAAUUGCAGAAAACAAGCAAAUCCAGACGAACCAGAUGCGAGCACUCAGAUACUCCUCAAAUCCAGUCGAUCAGCCAUUUGUAGCGAAUUCGAUAUCACCACAUCACGGGUUUCCACAACGCCCCCCUCGCGGCGAACGGCGGAUGCAAAAGCCCGAAUCUUACAAGACGGUCAUUUGUCAGGCAUGGCUCGAGUCGAAAACAUGCACUUUUGCUGAAAAUUGCCGAUUUGCACAUGGAGAGGAAGAGCUGCGCCCGGCGAAACUGGAAUCACGACAAAACAACAAGUACAAGACGAAACUUUGUGACAAGUACACUACCACUGGACUAUGCCCCUAUGGCAAACGGUGUCUUUUUAUUCAUCCCGAUAAUCAGCCAAAUGCAUAUAUCAGAGCUGAUAAGCUUUAUGAGGUCUCGCAGCGCCACGCACUCGCAGAUUUACGGGAUCACGUGGAAUCACAGAUUAUGACAGGAAAUACGAGAAACUCGUAUAAUCAACAGCCGCCACCGAUGGGCGGUCUAGAAAUGCAAUCUUCACCGAUGAAAUCGAGUUCUGACUCCAGUCAUAUGCGUUCUCCAAUGGCUCAGAUGAAUUGUGAAACCACGCGUCCUCACCCUAGCUGGCCGUUGGAAUCUUCGUCCUUUUUCUUGCCACCCGAAAUGUCUUCAAUCAAUAAUAAUAAUUUGAUGAGCCCAUUUGAGACGCCAUUUCCCAACGGCUCCACGGGAAUUCAACCACAUUUUGUGACAGCAAAACGGAGAGCAGCCUUUCCUCCAGUGCCUUCCAAUUUCCAACAAGACGAUGAUAAUAUGUCAUCAAUUCCAGGAUUCGACCAUCUUGCAGAGGAUAUGGCUAAACAUCUUGAAUUGUGGUGACAUUUUUCAGUUUUUUUUUAAUUUGAAAUUUGUUUGUCUUCCUUGUCUGUGAGUAUUGUUCAACGAUUAGUUACUAAUAAUAUUUGAGUAGCAAGUGGUCCUAAAUCCUUUUUUUUAAAGAUUUUUAAAUUUAUAAUAAAAAUGGGACCACCUGAUACACAUCUCACUAAUAUUUUUUUCGCUUCUUUUUUUGAAAAUUUUUUAUCUCCUAAUAUUAAUUAUUUUUAUUGCUCCCCCUAAAUAAAGUUUUAAUUU